AUGGGCGAGGAAGAUAAGGACGCCAAGUUGAGGAAAUGGCCCGAUGACCCCGAUAUUCGGCCCUCACCAGCUGUGGAGAGUCCUGCUUCAGCAAAAGGCGCGUCUAGUGAUGGCUCGCGACAAUCCAAAGUAGGCGGACAAUCGCAGUCUCUUUCAGAAUCAAAGAACUUUGAGUUUGUUCUGGUGACAGAUAACGAGUCACGCCGGCAGGUUCGCCGCCAUGCGAUGCGACAGUAUAUGCACCAGCGUCGCAUAGAUAGUAUUACACGCCUGGGGGUAACACGAGCGCCUGCUGCCGGCUGGACUACUCGUCCUAUUUCAAAUCAGCCUCAUCCGCAACCAGCCGGUGCGAGCACGUAUGAUGAGCAGGAUGAUGUCUCCAGUAAAACGAAGAGAAAUUCGCCACCCACUGCGGAAGAGAAGUUCAAUGAGGCAGAGGGGAAAACGCCUUCUCGACAAUUAUUGCCGAAAACCGAGAAGGUUAAACGCGAACCUACCAGUCCUUUACUUGUCCCGAAACUUCGGUAUAUCCAGCCUCAUGGCGUGCCUGACCAUGGCACAGUUCGGGACCCUUUCAGCUCGUAUCCAGUGCCCAUAAAGGGUGCAGAUCACGAGUUGAUCCAACAUUUCGUCGUGACAUAUCCAUCUAUGAUGUAUAAGUUCAUUGACUCCGCUGCGAACAACUUGAAUCCCAUGAAGGAGAUAUUCAAGCAGUUGGCCCUGAAUGAUGAACUCCCAUUUCAGGCGAUGCUGGCAAUUGCAUCGAAACAUCGUGCAGGAGUAGAAGGGAAAACAGAGUCGGUCCAGAGUCUCACCCACAAAAUGCGAGCUUUGCGGUUGAUGAACGAGCGCAUUCAGAUGGACUCGAAAACGGCAAAUGAUGGGACCAUCUAUGCUGUUGCUACAAUGGCUGUCAUUGAGAAAUGGUCGAAAGAUGCAUCGAUUGAGCGCAUGCACUUUAGGGGACUUGCCUCUAUGAUCAAGAACCGAGGAGGCAUGCAGGUAAUGCAUAAUUCAAGUCCAUUCCUCGGGAAAGUUCUCUACUGGGUGGAUUUCAGCUGCGCCUCAAAGGCCACAGUCGGUGCUGCACUCCCCUGGACCGGCGCUAUACCAGAUACUCCACCAACUGGUUUCGACUUUCUCGAUCCCGAUGUACACUUUUAUACUGCUCAUACCUCUACUCCCCAAGGAGACACAGAGAUGUUCUGCGAUCAAUAUCGCGCCUGCGAGGACUUUCUGCGUUUCUUCCGCCACUUACAUAAACUCGAACAUACUGCUUUAAAUUCACCCUCUGCCCUGGCAUACACAGAGACACCGCCACGCAUCAAAAGCUUCGUCCCAGGUACAAAGCUACACUCCAUCCUCACACUACUUCCAGAUUACGACCAUGGAAUCCGCGAUAUCCGUUUUAUUGACGAAUACACCUGCAUGUCCUGUCUGUUCUUCAUCGCUGUAGCCCUCUACCACAGUUACUCCACCUCCACCCCCUUCGACCCCUACCUCCAAUGGCUCGAACGCGCUAUCGAUUGUAUAAACCCGCAUGAAAACCCAAGCAUAACAUCCAUUCUCUGGCUCUUCCUGCAAACCACGGGCUUCAUGCCCGGCGAAGACCACGACAACUCCGGCGCCCGAUGCUGGGUUGUUUCGCGCAUGGUCCGCAUUACAAAACACCUCGAGUGGAAACGUCACGGCACAAUCUGGGAUAGCAUCCGACAAGUCCUCAUAAACUUCAUUCUUACACAACAGGAGUGCGCACUCGGCGAAGAAACAGUCGACGCCGAAGCCCUUACCGCAAGGGCGAAGAUGAGAGAUUCCGCACUCUGCGGCGAGCGAGGGUAUUUCUGGGACGAGGACGAACUGCGUCGUGAGAUAUUGGACGUUAGGGUUCCGGCACGCAGUGAGCUGGAAUCUCUUUCUGGAAUUGAUGAUCUCGAUGUUCCUGUUUUAACAUAGUUUUCUCAUUCUUUACGAUCGGUUAUGAAGCGGAUACGAAUGUUACGAAACCCAAUGUUUAUAAUCCAAUAUUGAACAUUUUAGUCUGUUAUUUAGACUGAUGCUUUUACAUGUAAAGUAAAUAUCGAAGUCUAUUUGAUAGAAACUAAAUUUGUACCAAACUCUAUAGGUAGAUUUUGAGGCGGAAGCAUAUCAAGAACUUAG